AUGUGGAAGCCGUCAGAGAGUCUGAUGGAAACCAUCAGGCACUAUGCGAGCUUCCCCGCAACCGGAGUCUCGCUCAGGCAGAUGGUUCAAUUUGGCGAUCGACCCUCGACCGGCACUCUGUUCCGAGCCUCGCAGUUUCUCUCCGAGGAGCUCCCCAUCCGACUGGCGCACCGCGUGCAAGAUCUAGGCGAGCUUCCUGAUGGUCUCAGUUCGAUGCCCUCCAUUAAGAAAGUGCAAGAUUGGUAUGCGCAAUCAUUCGAGGAAAUCAUCACCCUCCCCCGACCAUCUCUCACCCAAGAAGUCAAAACCCGCCUCCUGCGGCCCGGUCGCGCAAAUGGUCCCUUUCAAUCAAAAAUUCUUUCCGAAGCCACACAAAACCCUAGUGUCCGAGAGGGCCAAUACGCCUCAGCCACGACUGCGAAUGGUUCUCUUAACGGCAAUAGCAAGUUGACGGCCGCUGCCGCCGCUGGUCGGCGGUACUUCUUCCCCGCCGAUGGGAACGCAGACUGGCCCCCAGAGCUCAAUGACUACAAUCAGAGAUUCUCUCAAACCCUGCAACAGAUCAAGCGACGACACGACAGUGUGGUCACAACGGUGGCGCAGGGCAUCUUGGAGUGGAAGCGGGAGCGGCAACGCAUGCAAAUUGACCCAACUAUCCAAUCAUUCCUCGACCGAUUCUACAUGUCGCGAAUCGGCAUUCGAAUGCUCAUUGGACAACAUAUUGCCCUCACCGAGCAAACGCAUGUGAAGCAUCCCAAUUAUGUCGGCAUCAUCUGUACCAAGACCAAUGUUCGUGAUAUCGCUUUGGAAGCCAUCGAAAAUGCGCGGUUUGUAUGUGAAGACUACUACGGCCUCUUUGAAGCGCCAAAGGUGCAGCUGGUCUGCAAGGACGACCUCAACUUUAUGUAUGUGCCGGGUCAUCUGUCGCACAUGCUCUUCGAGACCUUGAAGAAUUCCUUGCGUGCGGUGGUGGAGCAGCAUGGCGCCGAUCGGGAUGAGUUCCCCGUCACCAAGGUCAUCGUGGCCGAAGGCAAAGAGGACAUCACCAUCAAAGUCUCGGACGAAGGAGGCGGCAUUCCCCGCUCCUCGAUUCCCCUGGUCUGGACCUAUAUGUAUACGACCGUGGAGCAAACGCCUAGUCUGGACCCAGACUUUGACAAGAGUGAUUUUAAGGCACCCAUGGCUGGCUUUGGGUACGGUUUGCCCAUCAGUCGCUUGUAUGCGCGCUACUUUGGAGGUGAUUUGAAGUUGAUCAGUAUGGAAGGAGACGGCCGGACCCGGUUCAAUACCUCGCACCGCCUGCACCCAACCUAUAUCGAACCGGAACCCAAGUCCGCGUCUUCUCGAGGACUGACACUUAUGAACGUUCAGGCACAUCGGUCCCGCAUGCGCAAUCGUGAAGUUUCUGAGCGCAAACAAGUCGGUGACGCAGAAAGUCUAUUCCAUUCGGAGCAACGAAAGACCGACGACGAGGAGGACAUCGGGCAAUUUGCACGAGCCUCGCCCUUUCUACUUUUAGUCAUUUCGCUGGUCGUGGUUCACAUGGACAAUGGCCGGUCCUAUGAACGAAACACGGCGGCUGAAUUCAACACGACAUGGGGAUGGAACCCAACUUGA